AUGGAAGGUACUGCUGUAGAAGGUACUGCAAGUACACCUUCCCAGCAUCCAGCUGCUGGUCCAAGUGCAGUCCCCAAGAAGAAACGCAAUCAACUUACUCCAGGUGGCAAUGCUGUCCUUGAAGACUACUGGCGACAACAUGCUAGUCUCGACAUGCCGGAUAUAUCAGCGAGAAGGGCGCUGCUAGGCCAAAUCCAGAAGCACCCGGGCUGCGAAUUCUACGCCAUGGCCAAUGUCAACCAAUAUUUUCGGCGUCAAAUCCAAAAACUAAAACCGCCUGCACCACAGCCAGAGGAUUUUCGUUUUCCGUCUUUGACACCUGACGCCCUGAAGCAUCUCAGUGUUCUCGUGAAAGAGCAACCAAACCCCUCAGAAACGGUGCUCAAAACAUGGGCAACACUACUCGCUCCAAUGGGAGCUACCGAGCGAGACAUCCUCGCAUGGAGUACCUACUCAAAGGAACUCCUUGAAAUACAAGCGCAAUCGCUUAGCAAAUCGGAACCCAUAUCCGCUUCGAUGAGGCUGCCUACCCCAUCGGACACGGUUACCCCAGAGCCCUUGACGGCCGCUUCAUCAAUGUCACCCCAAACACCUAUUCAUGAACUCGUGCCGAUUCUCGUUACCGGCCCUUCAAACCAGGCAUUCAAGCACUAUAAAAUAGAAGCCCAGUCCCCCGUCAUUCCGGCCCAGCAGCCCUUUAAUCCUACAGCACCUACAGCAUCUUAUUACAGGCCUCGGCCGGCCCUGCAGGUGGCCACGAUGGCACCGCCGGCACCGAGCGGACCCACAUCUACCCCGCAGUCAAUGGUCAUGUCGCCCAUCGUCGCGGCAGCAUAUACACCCAUAUCGUAUACGCCUAUAUCUCCAGCCGGAGGUGAUCCGCCGCGGGGCGAGAUUGAGCCGCCACAGCUCCCUCCUAAACCCGCACUACGAGCCAUCAUAGAAGGUGUAACCGAUGCUCUUGCAGACCCAAGAACGCCACAAGACGAGGUGAUGCUGUCGCCCACAAGUGCGACCGAAUUCGAAGCUGUAUUUGCUACGUACCGGCAACGUCUCGCCCCCUUGAUUCAUGAGCUUGACUCGUAA